CGCUUGUGGGCCUCCGCAGCCUCAUCCCCGACGGCAGCGGAGGAGAAACUCAUGAAGCAGGGUUGGCCGGAGGUGCCUUGCUUGCCCGCGAUGGAGGUGCGGUGUGGGAUGCGAUGCGAGGAAGGAGAACUGAGGGCACCCGCAACAAUAUCUCACCCCAGCUACAGUAAACGUACUCGUCCAACAGAUUUGCUAUAACGACAGUAAUCAUGGGUCCCACGUGUUACAAUUUUUAAUCCCAGCUUUCUCUUUCUUCCCCAAAAUCUGACCUCUCUUGUCACCAGUUCGCUCGCCCAUCCCGGCGGUCCGGCACCAGCACUUCCCCGCGCAUCCUGGGCUCCUGGGUACUAGCCUCCGCCCCCACGUGAGACGGCCGCCGGGCUCCGCCCCCACAUGCGAUGGCCACUCACGACCCCCUCCACACCAGCUUGGCGGCGGCAGUUCGCGUCCAGCGACCAUGCUCGGCGUCGCGCUCCGUCCCGCCCAAGCGCCGAGCCGCUCGAUCUGCGCCUCCGCCUCACAUCCACCGUCGCUCGGCGGUGACCAGUGGCGGAGGGCCCGGUAUUGCCCGGGCAAUACCGCGGCUCGGCCCAGCCCAACUAAAAAAAAAAAAAGUAACCCUAUCCAAUUCCCCAAUCCCCACCGUGGCUCCCUGCUCGCGUGCUCCCGUCCCGACCUCGCAGGCUCGCACGCCGCCGCCGGCGCUGUCUACAAGGCGAUCAAGGACCGGCGGAGGCGCGGAGGCUCCGGAGCAACGCCGCCGGCGGAGGCCGGGCCUACGAAGCCGCCGCCCGCCGGUGCCCGGUGGCACGCCCGCGCCCGUGGACCUCGAGGACCCGCCGACCCGGACUCUGGAGAUUGUUUCCGGCCGGCGGAACGCGCGGUGCUGGCCGGACACCGAGCAGGAGCCGUCGCUGUCGGGGUACUUCCAGUUCCCGCUGGUGGCCGCGACCCGCGAGGAAGGUCAGCCAAGGGGAGGCGCUUGACGGGCUGCUGGGCGAGCGGCUGCACGCAGACUCGCAGAGGCGGCGGUGGCUGCAGUCGCCACUCCGUCGCCACUGUUACUGAUACGCGUCCUCUCCGUCGCCACUCCGUCGGAUGCGACGCUGUCCUCUCCUCCCCCAGUCGCUCCGCUCACUCCGACGCUGCCUCUCCCAAUCGCCCACACCGCCGACCGCGCCUCCUCUCCCAAUCCCUCACACCGCCGGCCGCGCCGCCUCCGAUCAAGCCGCUCGUCUCCUCCUGCCCUCGACCCCUCCAACCUCCUCAUUCACAGCAUAUCCCUUCCGCCGCGGCCGGACGAAGGCGCUCGCGAGGGGGUUGGGGGAGUGCAGGCGGCGUCACAUCCGCCGAUUCGGCUAGGGCAGCCCGCGACCGUCCAGGCGGCUGCGGCUGCAGAGCUAAGAGCAGGCAGCGAGCGGCCACUCGAGGUAUGCCGCUCGUCUUCCUAAGUUACUCCUCCUUGCUUGUGAUUUGUCCUUUUUGUGUGAAUAAGUAGAUUACGGUCCGGUCCAAGGAUCGACAAGCCCCCACGCACAGCACGCUCGCACGCGGAUGCACUCACGCAGGCGCCGCCCGCACGAGCGCCGCCGCUCGCCGUCGCCGGCGACGAGCCGCCACCCGCUGGCAAGGAGGAGGGCUGGAUGCAAUCUCCGCAUCAAUAGGCAUGGAAAGGGGUUCUGCUGCAGAGUACAGUGAGGUAAAGGCUGUGAUAGGCAGCAACGAGGAGAAAAAAGGCCAGAGGAGCAAGAAAGACAAGGGGCAGAGAAAGAGGAAGAAAGACAAGGCCAAGGGUCAUGGAGGCGAUGGCGAUAGAUCAAUUGAAUCUAAUGACAAGAAUCAUAGUGUUGAGAUGGAGCAUGCUGAAGUGUCAGCCAAGAUGGCUGAAAAACUGUGCUCGGAGCAUGCAGAGGUCAUUAUGAGCAAAAGGGAUGCGAAGAAAGACAGGAAGAAAAAGAAGAGAAAUAAGGAGGUUGAUACUAUCAGCCAGAAGCAGAUACCUGAUGCUAAUGAUGGAAGUGUUGGGUCAGAGUAUGUAGAAAUGAACAAAGGAGAAGGAGAACAUGAUAGUACGUCAAAGAAGGGCAAACGGAAGCACCGGGAUGGCGAAACAUCCUCAAAUGGUUCUUGUGAUCAAAUUGUUUCAGGGGGUGAUAAGAAGAGGAAACGGAAGGAACCUUCAGUUACCUUGGAAGAGGGCAAUGACGUUGACGUGUCAAAGAUGGGGCAAAACACAGAGGGCAAGAAAAAGAGGAGAAAGGAGAGAGAUAAUAUUGCUGUAGACCUAAGUCAGAAUACACCAGCUGGAGAUGGCAAGAAUUGCAAUGAAGAGAAAAAAACGAGUAAGGAUGACAAUGAUGGUGGCAAAAGCAGAAAAGUUAACAUGGCACGUCGAAAGGACAAAGGUAAACGAGUGAGCUUCACUGAUGAUGUGGAGGUGUUUAAUAUAGAUGGUGGUGGUGCUGAUGAAGAGGGUGAUGGGAGUGGUGAUUCUGGACUGGUGCAUGGCAAACGGUUUACCCCUGAGGAAGAUGCGAAACUAAUGGAAGCCAUCGAAAAAUAUGCAGAGAUGAAGCAAUUGGGAGAGAAAGGGUUAGAGAUGAUUCGGGCUAGCAUGAAACAUCCAGAGCUCAGGGGUUGUUGGGCUGAAAUAGCAACAUCAUUACCUCAUCGACCACAAAUGGCCGUAUACAAACGAGCACGAAUUUUACUUUAUAGGAGUGCCGAACGUAAAUGGACUCAAGAGGAGUACGAGAUAGUUCGACGGUUCGUUGAAAAGAAUGGCACAACUUGGAAGGAACUGGCAACAGACCUUGGAAAGAGUGAAAUCCAUGUAAAAGAUACUUGGAGACGAAUGAAACCCAAAAAUUUAAAAAAAGGGUCUUGGACUCAGGAUGAAUACCAAAACUUGUUUGAUCUGGUAAAUUUGGACUUGCGUGUGAAAGCUCACCAAAAGAUCGCUCCUAGUCAUCGCCAGCUGAGAGAUAACAUUUCCUGGGAGGCCAUCAGUGAAAAAUUAACCACCCGUAGUAACAAGGACUGCUGCUUGAAGUGGUACCAGCAAUUAGCAUCGCCACUGGUUAAAGAAGGAAUCUGGGCAGAUACUGAUGAUUAUCUGUUGAUGGAAGCGCUUCGAAAGGUGGAUGCUGUUUGUGUUGAAGAUGUUGACUGGGAGAGACUUCUUGAUCACAGAUCUGGGGAGCUUUGCCGUCAGCGGUGGAACCAGAUGGUCCGCAUGAUCGGUGGCCACAGAGAGAAGCCUUUUAUCGAGCAAGUGGAAGUGCUUGCGAGGCGGUACUGCCCAGAAAUGCUUGAUUACAGGAAAGCUGAAUCGGCUGAUUUAUCGCCAGACGAACUUACUGGAGGAACUGACUAGUGACAAAUAGCAUAACCCUCUUGCAUUUCACCUGCCAGCAUGUGUUUGUGCCCUGUAAAAUGUUUGGCUUUUGUUGUGGCAUCUGCGGAAAUAUUAGCAAUAUAUUGUUCGAGCUUCAGCGCAGAAUGCAAAGUUGUCACAUUUUGACCAGAAGAAACUGUAUUGUUUAGGGAUAUAACUGGCUUUAGCUCUUGUAUCUGAAUAUUGUUGUUGCUCCCCUGAAUGCUAUUCUAGACUUGUGCUUAAGUUCUGGAUCA